AUGGACGCUGGCGGUCUUGCUCAAAUGACUUGCAAUUCGGCAUUCGGUAACGGCAACAGUCUCGGAGCUCCUGGUUCCGGGUUUGCUUCUCGGAGAAAAGGCUCCAACAUCAAACGUUUGAACGUGCCUCCUCCACAUAUUUCUACCAUCGAUGAGUCCCAGCCUGCGGCGCCGGUUCCUCCUACCCCGCGUACUAGCCGGUCGCAUCUUUUGGCGGGUCUGAGAACUGCUCCCAAAUCUGCGACCCUGCCGUCCGCAUCACAACGUCAGCAGCAUCUUGGCCUGGAAACAGGACGAUAUGGAGCCCAUACCAGUGGCGCAGCUGAUCGUGUUCCGCAGACUGCGACGGGAGCUGGCUUUCCCCGGCGUUCGUUUGCCGCCAAUCAACAUUUGGACAUAGGAACUGGGCGGCCGAUGUACACUCUACCGGAACAGGUGCUUGCACCGCCGACCAUCGACAUCGCGGGUGAUAUGCCGAUGGACGAGAACCUUUACGCGGAACUGAUGUCGACGAAUCUCUUCCUGGCUGCCCAGCAGCAGCGCUUGCAGCAGCAGUUGAUCAGCGUCACCGCUGCAGCACAGCAGUUUCAGGGCCUCAACCUUGGAGUGUCCAUGGGACAAGUCCCUGAAAUGCCCUCUCUUUCCGUUCCCGCUAUGGGCUUCUACCAGCAGCAGCUCCAGCAGGGCGUUCAGCCUGUUGUGCAGCCUAUCCCUGGUCAACCGGGGCUAUUUUCUGUUUAUAAUCCUCUAACUGGCCAGCACAAUUAUGUUUACGACAACAGCUAUAUGCAAGAGAAUACUUCCUCGCCCUACCGGGAAGAGGAGCAUCAAUCACCCGUUAUGCAGACUCCGGCUUUCUAUGCUGAGGUGUCUCCGCCUUCGGAAUCAGUGCAGUCUCCCUUGGAAAGGCAGCAGACAGUCUCGCCCCCGAGAACCAGCCCAUCACCUCCUAAAGAGGUCACUCCUCUUCCACCCCCAUCCGCCAACGCGUUCCGCCGGGGUCACAAGAAGAGUUCGUCCGUCAACCCAGCAGCAGGAGCCACGAUUGACACUGCUCGGGCCAAUAACGCUGCGGUCAACUCUACUGCUCUCAAGUCGGCUGUCUUCCCUUCCACACCGGCUACAGGCACCUUCGGGCCCGGUCAAAACCGCGCUGGAGAGCAUCCCGUUCGUCAACCCCGUAAUCCUCCGUCCCUGGAAGAGCUCGUCGCCAAGCCGACCUCCAAGCACGAGGGGAGCAAGAACUUUGCCACUCGCCAGCGCCGACGUGCCAUUCAUAGCCUUGUGCGUGCGGGUAUUGAACGACGCGGGGAGACCCGGAGCUUUGGAUAUACCAGCAGUGGUGGCACCAACACUCCGGCUAGUGAAAAGGACUUUGCAUUCUCCGAUGGCGACGAUGCUACUGUUCGCAGUGGCAGCCUUUCGAGCAAGCCUAGCCUGGGCAGUUUGCGCGCUGUUGCCAACGGUGCCAUUGGCUCUGAGCGCAAGGAGCGAUCCUCACGGGAACGCAAGUCCCAGGACAGCCCUUAUAACACGACUACCCCUGUCAGCGAAGACGGCAGUUUCUUCGGGGGCAAGUUUGCGGAUCUCCGGGCGGAGCAAGUUUCAUCUCCCCCAAGCGGCCCACCCUCUGUGGCUGCUGUCGUCGCAGGUCAGAAGACGGCAGCUCAGGCUCCUGAAAGGCGCAAGACGCCGAUGCUCGUGCUUUCCAGCGCCGAAAAGCGCAAGACCUUGUUCAUGUAA